AUGGGGGAAAAUUAUUGCCUCCUUGGUCCUUACAAGGAGCAAUGUGCGAGGACGGAGGUCGAGGAGGCUGAUUUCCCUCCCAAUUCACCUCUCACCGCUGCCGUCAAUGCCAUGAGGAGUCAGGGUUAUAAGCUUCAUACAGGCACAUGGUUGGUUGACGGCAACCCUCAAAUCAUACUCUUCGAUAUUGGCUCUGGCGCCUGGCAGCUGGACAGCUACAAGCAGGAGCUCUGGGACACCUGUUCCAUCGGGAUCCCACACCUGGACGUCGAGGCUAAUGACGCUGUUAUUCUAGGAUUUAUGGUUGCGCAACUCAUUGGGGAGUUUCGCAAAGCAGCUGAAGGUUACAGUGAUACUCCACCUCGGGUUGUAGCACAUUUCCAUGAGUGGCAAGCUGGCAUCGGCCUCAUCCUGCUCAGGACCCGGCACAUCGAUGUCGCUACAGUGUUUACAACCCACGCCACGCUGCUUGGACGCUAUCUUUGCGCUGGCAACAUAGAUUUCUAUAACAAUUUAGAUAAGUUCUCCGUGGACGAGGAGGCUGGCAAACGCCAGAUCUAUCACCGUUACUGCAUGGAAAGAGCUGCUGCUCACAUGACACACAUAUUUACCACUGUUUCUGAUAUCACUGGAUAUGAAGCAGAACAUCUCCUAAAACGGAAGCCGGACAUCAUCACACCCAACGGCCUUAAUGUAAAGAAGUUCUCAGCAAUUCACGAGUUCCAGAACCUCCACGCUUUGGCUAAAGAGAAAAUUCAUGAGUUCGCUAGAGGACACUUUUAUGGACAUUUCAACUUUGAUUUGGAUAAAACGUUAUAUUUUUUCAUCGCUGGUCGGUACGAGUUCGGGAACAAGGGGGCAGAUAUAUUUAUUGAGGCGUUGGCGAGACUCAACCAUUACUUAAAGUCUUCAGGAUCUGAUAUGACAGUUAUCGCCUUCAUGAUAUUCCCGGCGAAGACCAACAACUUCAACGUGGAGAGUCUCCGGGGCCACGCCGUCACUAAGGCCUUGAGGGACACCAUUCACGACAUACAGCUGAAGGUCGGGAGACGGAUGUACGAUAUAUGUUUAAGAGGUCAUCUCCCGGAUGCAUUAGACCUCCUACAGAAAGAGGACACAGUGAGGCUCAAACGUUGUAUCUACAGUUUGCACAGAGACACUCUACCACCGGUCACCACGCACAAUAUUGUGGACGAUUGGAGCGAUCCAGUGUUGAACUCAAUUAGAAGGUGUGAAUUGUUUAACACCGUCAACGAUAAAGUGAAGGUAAUAUUCCACCCAGAAUUCUUGACCUCAACGAAUCCACUCUUCGGACUGGAUUACGAGGAGUUUGUUCGGGGAUGUCACAUGGGCGUGUUCCCAUCUUAUUACGAGCCUUGGGGUUAUACACCAGCCGAGUGUACAGUCAUGGGCAUUCCCAGCAUUACCACAAACCUAUCAGGUUUCGGCUGCUUCAUGCAGGAACACAUAGCGGACCCCAUGUCGUACGGUAUCUACGUGGUGGACCGUAGAUACAUAUCUCUGGAAGGUUCCGUACAACACCUUGCGCAAUACAUGUAUGAUUUUACCAAGUUAACAAGGCGGCAACGUAUCAUUCAGAGGAACAGAACUGAAAGACUGUCAGAUCUACUUGACUGGAGGAACUUGGGCAUCUAUUACCGCCAAGCGCGCGCAGAAGCCCUCAAGAUAGUGUACCCAGAUUAUGUAGACCACAUGGAUCAGGAGUUAGGCAAGAGAUUCAACUAUCCAAGACCUAUCUCUGAACCACCCAGCCCCACACACUCCAGAGCUACAACCCCGGCCGCCUCAGUCCACGGAUCUGAUGACGAAGACGAGGUGGACGAAGAGCAGGAACUCGCUGAGUUAAGAAUUAAUGAUAAUUAG